CAGCCUUAGAAACAGUAUGCGUUUUGGUGGUACGCAUAAAAGUCAUUGCAAGGUUAAGUGUAUUUCGUACAAUGUAUAAAAGGGGUGAAUUCAGCAGAUUUAGGUUUAUAUGCCAGCCAACUGAGCGCCGAAGAGCAUCCAACCGCACUACUGCAAAAAUGUCCAUCUCAGCCUCUUUGACUGUUUUUGUGAUUUUUAUUGUGGUCGUUUCUGGCCAAAAUAAGGCUAUCACCACCCCUGGCGAUUGUCCCAGCGUCACGGUCCAGCAGAACUUUGACUUGCAGAGGUUCAGUGGUCGUUGGUACCAGUACUCUUCGUACAGCCCUGUCGAGAUUGGCAAGUGCGACUAUCACGAAUAUACUGACAAUGGCAAUGGCACUCUUGGAUUCAGCGAAUUUACCUUUUUGCCUCAGAGAAAUAAGGAUGUGACCGUUUAUGGCCUUAUCUAUCCCGCCACUGACGCAGGUGAUGGAAAGCUCUUGAUUACUUAUUUCCAGUAUGGCAACGUGCCCAGGACCUACUACGUUUUGGGAACCGACUACGAUAACUUUGCCAUUAUUUGGUCUUGCAGGAAAGACGGUUCAAACGCUCGUCAGACCUCCUGGAUCAUUACCCGCAAGCGCGUGCCCUCUACAGCUGAGUUGUCAUCUGCCAACUCUGUCGUUGACCAGAGCGGCAUCCCUAAGGAUUAUAUUCUCACUGACCAGUCUGAAUGCGACUAAUAAAUUUUUGUAAAAUGUAUUUGGUUUUCCACUUAAAAAAUCCCACACAAUUCAAAUUUUUGUUUUAUAAAAGAAUAAAUUCACGUAAUAAUUUGGA